UUUCUGAUCUGAAAGCGAAGACUUGGAGACAGAGCCCGGCUUAAACUGAAACAAGACUCCUGCAGGGGUGAAUGCCCUCGAUCUAACAGAGCAGAACACCGAGAAACAACGCGAGAAAGACGCACAGUCGAUUCAAGAAGCAGACGAUAGAGAGAAAAUGUGAAGAUCUUUAGUUGUCACAGUGUUGGAGUAGUCAACAUAACCGGGAAAGAUGGCGAGGACGCAGACUCGCAUGUUCCUCGCUUUGGCUUUGCUGGGAAUUUUCAUUCUCGAUGUGUCGGUGAAAGGAGAGCUGCAGGGAGAGCAACAGGAGGAGGAGGAGGAGGAGAGGUCCUGUCAGGGCGCCUUCGACCUCUAUUUUGUCCUGGACAAGUCUGGAAGCGUGAAGAAUCACUGGAUAGAAAUCUACUCCUUUGUUGAACAGCUGGCAGAGAAGUUCAUAAGCCCCAUGCUGAGAAUGUCCUUCAUAGUCUUCUCCACACGAGGAAAUAUCGUCAUGAAACUGACUGAGAACAGGGAAGCCAUCACUAGUGGCCUGAGGGCUCUGAGGAGAGUAAUCCCUGGAGGAGACACAUUUAUGAACUUAGGCUUGGAGAUGGCCAAUAUGCAGAUAUAUCAAGAGAAGCAAGGGACAGCCAGUGUUAUCAUCGCCCUGACUGAUGGAGAACUGAAUGAGUGGCAGUUUGACACAGCGCAGCGAGAGGCUCAGAGAGCCAGGUCUAUGGGCGCCAUUGUUUACUGUGUAGGGGUCAAAGAAUUUAACCAGACCCAGCUUGCGACUAUUGCAGACACUGUGGAACAUGUGUUUCCUGUGUGGGGAGGCUUCCAAGCCCUCAGGGGAAUCAUUGACUCGAUCAUCAAGAAGUCCUGCAUUGAGAUUCUAGCAGCGGAGCCGUCCAGUGUGUGUGCAGGAGAGCGUUUCCAGGUAGUGGUGAGAGGCAAUGGGUUUCUCCAUGCCAGAAACACUGACCAGGUCCGCUGCAGCUUUAAACUGAAUGAUACAUACUCCAUGGAUGAGAGACCAGCUGAAAUAGAGGAUACCUUCCUUCUCUGUCCUGCUCCUGUCGUAGAGGAAGUCGGGAGGGUGAUCUACCUGCAGGUGAGCAUGAACGAGGGCAUCUCCUACAUCACCAGCUCGGUUCACAUCACUACUACCGAAUGUUUUGAUGGUACCAUCGUGCUGAUUUCGCUGCUGGUGGUGUUCCUGUUGUUGGGUCUGUUGCUGAUGUGGUGGUUCUGGCCUCUCUGCUGCACUGUGGUGAUCAAAGAACCUCCACCCCCUCCUCCUCCAGAGCCUGAAUCAGAUGAUGAGGAUGGGAUGCCCAAGAAGAGAUGGCCCACAGUGGAUGCUUCCUACUAUGGAGGACGAGGAGUGGGUGGCAUCAAACGCAUGGAGGUGCGAUGGGGGGAGAAGGGGUCCACUGAGGAAGGAGCUAAGCUGGACAAACCUAAAAAUGCUGUUGUAAAGAUGCCCGAGCAAGAGUUUGAACCGUAUGAGCCCAAGCCUCGAAAACCUCCCCGCCGCCCCCCACAGCAGAGGAGGUGGUACACACCCAUAAAGGGGAAGCUCGACGCUCUGUGGGCUCUGUUUAGGAGAGGUUACGAUCAGGUAUCCCUGAUGAGACCACAGCCUGGAGACCAGGGUCGCUGUAUACAGUUCCAACGAGUCAAAGCUGGAGAGUCCACCACCAACAACCAGGCUCCUUCUCGCACACAACACUCUCCCUUGCCUCCUUCUCCCCCUUCUCCUCCUCCUCCGCCUGCCGAACAGCAACCUCUGGUCUCCAACUCUGUCCCCCGUACAAAGCCUCCAUCCAGAGGGCCCCGCACCACACCCCCCGCCCGUGCACCACCUUCCGCCCGCGCACCCCCUCCAGGUCCACCCCCUGCUCGUGCACCCCCGGGGCCACCAGGACCCCCGCCGUCUCGACCCCCACCCCAGCUCUGAUGAUGAAGAGAGGACAUCCAGUAAUCAAAUGAUACAUCUAUUCAUCUUUUAAAAAAAAAACAAAAAAAAAACAAAACAUGUCCUCCUUUCACCCUGAAGACUCAGUGACAGCAGAGGUGUGAAAUCUUGUAAGCCAGGAGCUUUGACAUGAAGCUCUGCGCUUUGUUGCUGGACAGCAAAUAAAAUAUUUAUCUUGAUAUCAAAAUCAGCUACUGAGUUUCAUCAAAGAUAACAUUUUUGUAAGAAAAAAACAAAUAGAUUAUAUAAAAAAGCAUGUAGUAACUUGAUUAAGCCUGCACAUAUAUUGAUUAAAGGGGGAAGAGUAAGUGCUGUCCUUUCUAGAAAUUCAACUAAAACAAUUCAUGCAUAGAAAUGUGUUGCUUUUAGAAAGUUAGACUGUAAGAGGUUGUGUAUGUAUAACAGUGAUGGUAAAUUAGCUUGUUCACUUGGUGUUUUAUUUUGCAUGGCAUGAUAAUGUUGAGUGAGGAUGUGGUGAAAGAUGAUUUGAAUGUUGGUGAUGUUGGCGCGCUGGUUUUUAAAUGUACACUAUCUUAUGACUUAUGCAUCAUUUUACCUUUUCAAUCAAAGAAACUUUUCUACAUCCUAGUUAAAAUUUAGUUCAGUGAUCUUAUUGCAACUGCAGGGCAGUUUCUACAUAUUUUAUUUAUUUUAUUACAGGCUUUGUCUGCAUCCGUUUUAUUCAGCAUCACGUGGAUUUCUGGGUUUUGAAAUCAUUCAUAGGAAAAAUUAUAAGAAAACACUCUGGCAUGACAUCUAAUGUAUUUGUGGUCUUUAACACCUCCAAGUGAACGAUUGCAUUGUAAAUUCAUAUCGUCAGGAUCCUCCUGUAUACUGCAUUUAUUGACUGAAAUGAUCACUUGCAUUAUUUCUGUAUUAACAACUUUUUUUUGUGUCUGUCUCCAAUAAACUAAAUGUUUUUUA